AUGGAUACUAUUCUGGUUUUCAGCCUCAUCAUUACAUCCUACGAUGCCAACAAGAAAGAAUUCAAAGAGAGCAGUUGUCAAGUGGAACAGCUGCCCAGGAUCUUCCCAAAGGAUGGAGAAAACAUGAGAGAUAUGCUGGUCCAAGAAACACGGGCAGAUGCGGAAAGGCCCACAUUCAUCCAAAAUUGGACUCUGGCUACCCUGCAGUGCUCUGGCUCCGGGAGGAAAGUGAAAGUCCACCUUUUCCAUCCAGAGAAAAGGCCAAAGGUCAAGCACACUCUCCAGAGCCUGAGAGUCCUUGAAGUUCCCCACAGAGACGGCUCUGAUUCCUCAAGUUGUCACCUCACCCCUGCCUCCAAGUUUCAGGCUGGAUUCCUCCUCCUGAGAGGAAAAGCUUUUAUACCAGGGUUCUCACAAUGCAAGGUAGAUCCAGUGGUGGGAGCCUUAGCACAGCCUUUUCCCACCUUUAUCACGGCCAGAACUCCUGGGAAUAAAGAUGGAGAGAAAACCACAAGUACAGACACAGAUCAGAACCUAGAGAAGCGGCAGAAAUGGAGCCUUGUGGUCAAAUCUCUGAUUGCAGUCACUCUGCUGCUCAGUGGAAUUGCCAUCACAGUGUUUGUCAUUUUCGAAGUCCCAUGCCCUAGUCAAUGUGUGAGAGCCAGAGAGCAAUGCCGAUGCCAGUGGCUGUGGAAAAGGCAACAGAAGGGAGGCCAGUCCUCUGAGGCAGCUGAAACUCAGCUCAUCUCUCAGCCUGUGGCACAGACUGCUCCCAUGUCCUCAGGUCUGCAGGAAGCUGAAGGGACCAUUGUGCUCAAGCAGACAUACUUGUGA